UCCAGAAUGUAGGGAGAAGAUAAGUGAGCUCACCGUUGUUGAGAACUUGCUGGUGAUAUUACAUGAAUACGAUUUGCUUUCUAAAAGGCUCACAGCAGAGUUGCUACGUCUCCUCUGUGCAGAGUCACAAGUCAAAGAGGAAAUUAAAAUAUGUGAAGGAGUUCCAGUCUUGCUCAGUUUACUCCAUUCUGAUCAUAUCAAACUUCUAUGGAGUAUAGUUUGGAUUCUGGUACAAAUUUGUGAAGACCCUGAGACUAGUGUGGAAAUACGGAUUUGGGGUGGAAUCAAGCAGCUGCUUCAUAUAUUACGGGGGUAGAAAAAAAAUCGCUCUUCAGUUGGAAGUUUAUCUAGCGCAAAUGCAGCAGGGAGAAUACAACAUCUUCAUUUGUCAGAUGAUUUGAGUCCUGAUGAGAUGCAAGAAAAUACUUUCUCACUUCAAGCAGCUUGUUGUGCUGCGCUUACUGAACUGGUGCUAAAUGAGGCUAACGCUUACCAGGUAGUACAGGCAAAUGGAAUAUAUACAAUAGCAAAGCUGAUUUUACCAAACAAAGAAAGGAAUGCUGAAAAAGCUAAUGUAUUACAGUGUUAUGCUUUCAGAGCCCUGAGAUUUCUCUUCAGCAUGGAAAGAAAUCGACAUAUCUUUAAAAGACUUUUCCCUACUGACUUGUUUGAAAUCUUCAUUGAUAUUGGACAUUAUGUGCGUGAUAUCAGUGCUUAUGAAGAGUUGGUAUCAAAGCUAAAUUUAUUAAAGGAGGACAAACUGAAGCAAAUUGCUGAAAGUAUUGAGAGCAUCAAUCAGAAUAAGGCACCUACAAAACAUAUAGGCAAUUACACAAUUUUAGAGCACCUUGGCAGUGGAGCUUUUGGAAGUGUAUAUAAGGUUCGAAAACAUAAUGGACAAAAUCUCCUCGCAAUGAAAGAGGUCAAUUUACACAGUCCAGCAUUUGGAAAGGACAAAAAAGACAGAGACAGCAGUGUAAAAAACAUUGUAUCUGAAUUAACCAUCAUCAGAGAGCAGCUUUAUCAUCCAAAUGUUGUACGGUAUUAUAGAACCUUCUUGCAGAAUGACAGAUUGUACAUAGUCAUGGAGCUUAUAGAGGGAGUGCCAUUGGGAGAACACGUUUGCUCAUUGAAGGAAAAGCAACAACAGUUUACAGAAGAAAGAAUAUGGCAUAUAUUUAUCCAACUUUGUCUAGCUCUUCGCUAUUUACACAAAGAGAAAAGGAUUGUUCAUCGAGAUCUCACUCCGAACAACGUCAUGCUGGGGGAUAAAGACAAAGUUACAAUUACUGACUUUGGGCUUGCAAAGCAAAAGCAAGAAAACUGCAAACUUGCAUCAGUAGUGGGAACCAUUCUAUACUCGUGCCCUGAAGUUGUAAAGAGUGAGCCGUAUGGAGAGAAGGCUGAUGUCUGGGCUGCGGGAUGCAUCCUUUAUCAGAUGGCAACUCUGAACCCACCGUUUUACAGCACCAAUAUGCUCUCCUUGGCAACUAAGAUAGUAGAGGCUGUGUAUGAUCCUGUGCCAGAAGGACUGUACUCUGAAAAAGUGUCACUUACGAUUAAGAGAUGCCUGACUCCUGAUGCAGAGGCACGUCCAGACAUAGUGGAGGUGAGCUCACUGCUGUCUGAUGUGAUGAUGAAAUACCUGGAUGUUUUAUCCACCUCUCAUCUCAUGAUGGAGAAGAAACUGGAUCAGGAGAGGAGACGAACCCAGGGGUACUUUGUGGAGGUUAAUCGAAAUGCAGUAACCUAUCGCCAUCAGCUUUCCAUUUUAUCACAAAAAAAUUAUGAGAAGUUGAGUCUUUGUAGCAGCAGCCAUGGAGCAGUCAGUUGCAAAAGUGAAUUUUCAGAAAAUACUGACCUCCCAGCUGGAAGUUGUCAAUCAGCAUGUGGAAAAGAUGAGGAAAGAACAUACGAAGAAAUCGUGGUAGAGGAUCGCAGUGCUUUAGAGAACUCCAAAAAGGAUAUGUCCUCUGAAUUAGAUGAUGAGCUGGAUGUAUUAGGCAACUUAAGCAGCUCCAGUUCAAGUCAUUUGAAAGAGUCUGCUGUUGGUAUAAUUAAACAAAGUUUUAGUGCUUCUGAAAGACAACCUCAGAUUAGAGAUUGUAUUGAAGGUCCAGGAUCACGACUGCGACCAGCAUCGGCAGGAAUUUCUGUAUCACAACAGAAGGUGCGUCAGAUCAGUGACCCUGUUCAGCAGAUUCUUAUUCAGCUGCACAAAAUUAUCUUCAUCACUCAACUUCCUCCAGCUUUUCAAUGCAACUUGAAAAGGAGAAUCAUUGAGAGAUUCAAGAAGUCCCUCUUCAGUCAGCAGAGCAAUCCAUGUAAACUGAAAUCAGAAAUGAAAAAGCUGCUGCAAGGUUCUCCUGAACUGAUUGAGCCCAACUUCUUCACACCAGAUUGGCAUGUGGUACUUUCCUCUUCAGGUGGAAAUAUGUUGCUUCCAGAUGAUAGAAAAGGUAUUGUUGGCACUUGUGACAUAGCAGAAGGGAUGACAUAUGAGCAGUUGCAGACUCUAAUUGAAGAGGUUCUAGAGGAAAGUGGUUAUUACAAUUUCUCUUCUAACAA